UAGGAUGCUUGUCCUGUGUGUACCCCUCCCAGCCUGCCAAGUGCCUGAUUCCUUGUAAUUAAUUUAACACCUUGAAUGAAGAUCUGCAGUCUCCUGCCCUGCGCUGCUUCUCUUUAGUCGCUCAUUGCUGAGCUGCAAAGAGCCAGGGAGGGUGCCCGGGUCACAGCCCCUUGGUCAAUGAUUGUAAUCAAUCAAUCCCUGAAUAAGGGAGAAGGAGGGGGGGGAGACACAGGGAGUGUGGCAGCCACAGAGAGGAUUUUUUCAGCCAGGGAGACACAGAGGAGCAACCAGCGGGGGAAUUUCAUGCUGCUAAAGGGGAGAUUUUCAUUCAACAUUCGACCCAACCAUGGACUUCCAUAGAUGUAUGUGGUAUUAAUAUAAUGAAGUAGCGGAUUUAGCGGCCGUUGGGCGCGCCAUGCUUGCCUGUCUCGAUUGCUCCUGUACUCUGUGAAUUGCUCAUGUCUAUGAGAAAGAAGCAUGGCACAUGGAAUUCCCUCUCAAGGAAAAGUCACUAUAACUGUGGACGAAUACAGUUCCAAUCCCACCCAGGCGUUCACACACUACAACAUUAACCAAAGCAGGUUCCAGCCGCCGCAUGUUCACAUGGUAGACCCCAUCCCAUAUGACACUCCCAAACCAGCCGGCCACACGCGUUUUGUCUGUGUAUCGGACACCCACUCCAGGACAGAUGGUAUCCAGAUGCCGUAUGGGGACAUCCUACUUCACACGGGCGAUUUCACCGAGCUGGGCCUGCCAUCUGAGGUUAAGAAGUUUAAUGACUGGCUGGGCACCUUACCCUACGAAUAUAAAAUAGUGAUUGCCGGGAAUCAUGAACUGACUUUUGAUAAAGAAUUCAUGGCCGACCUGGUUAAACAGGAUUACUACCGGUUCCCUUCUGUUUCCAAAUUGAAGCCGGAAGAUUUUGAUAAUGUGCAAACGCUGCUCACUAACAGUAUUUACCUGCAAGAUUCAGAAGUCACGGUGAAAGGGUUCCGGAUAUACGGCGCGCCCUGGACGCCUUGGUUUAACGGAUGGGGAUUUAAUCUGCCGAGAGGUCAGUCUUUACUUGACAAGUGGAACCUCGUCCCAGAAGGCAUCGAUAUCCUAAUGACUCAUGGGCCCCCACUAGGUUUUCGAGACUGGGUGCCCAAGGAGUUGCAGAGGGUGGGAUGCGUAGAGCUUCUCAACACGGUGCAGAGGAGGGUCAGGCCCAAGCUGCAUGUGUUUGGUGGAAUCCAUGAAGGUUACGGGAUUAUGACCGACGGUUACACAACGUACGUCAAUGCCUCAACGUGUACAGUCAGCUUCCAGCCAAUCAACCCGCCAAUUAUUUUUGACCUUCCCAACCCCCAAGUAUCAUGAAGGCCACCGAUGCACAGAUGAAAACAGGAAGGUCUUAAAAAAAAAAAAAAGCUGCCAUUUUUUUUAAUUGUAAAAAAAUAAACGCACUGUUGUUGUUUGAUUUUUUUUUUUUUUUCAAAUUUAUGUAUUUUUUUUAAUUACCGAAAAAAAUUCUUUAAAAAGAAAAAAAAGAAAAACAUUAAAAUGUUGUUAAAUAAAUUUGCCAUUGUACAUACGGGAUGUCCCAGUGGACUCAACAAAUGUAUUAAAUGCUGGAUACGAAAUGGAAAUUUAAGUUAUAAAAUCGAAUUUAGGUAAAAAACUGGGUAACAACUGUAUAUGGGCAAUAUUCACCCAGAAGUGCUUCUCUGUGCAGAUAGAGGGUUACAGAAUGUCAUAUUAUACAUGGGAAUUGCCCCAUGAAGUGCCCAUCACUUUAGUUUUUGUCCCUCCGUGCCCUGGUUGGUCAUCCAUGGACCACGUUGUACUUAUCCUAUGGACAGUUCCAUAAGGAAAACCUCUUCUGAUAUGGGCUUUUCUCAUUGAAUUGACCAUAGGAUAAGCACAAUAUAGUCCAUGGGAUGACCAGUAAAGGUGCCCAUACACGGGCCAAUUGUAGCAGCCGAUAUGGGUCCCUUAGACCGAUUUGGCAGCUUAUCGGCCUGUGUAUGGGCACUACCGACGGGCCUGCCCGACCAAUAUCUGGCCUGAAAUUGUCCAGAUCUCGAUCAAGCAGGUUAAAAAAUCUAGUCGGAUCAGGGACCGCAUCGGCUCGUUGAUGCGGUUCCCGAACUGACUGCGCCUAUUACCGGCGUUCUAAUUCAAUUGUUUGGCCCCAGGGCCAAAUGACCGAAUUAGCCUAAAUUCGCCCAAUAUUGUCCACCCGUAGGUGGGGGAUAUUGGGAUAAGAUCGAGGUCGCCAAGCGAGCAGAUCUUAACGUGUAUGGCCACCUUAAGUCUGUAGACAGACAAAAAUAAAAGACGAUGGGCAUAAAAAAAUCCACAGUAGUUGAUCAGCUUUAGGUAUAGACUAGAACAGACAGUGACAAGAUGGUGGCCUCUUACUUAUUCUAUGGGCAGUCACACUGCUCUGGCCACCAUGUGAUCUAAUCAUUAGCUCCAGGGAUUUAGACAAGGUGGAUUUGGCCCCUUUUAUCAGUAGAUCCACUGGCGGUCAGAUUUGAGCUGCCAAUUUGGUCUCUUUCUAGCUGUGUAUGGGGCUCCAUCUGACUACUGAAACCAUCCAAAUAACUAUGGGGCAGGUAUAAAAGUCCUCUUGGGACAUGGACUUCAUCCGGCCUCUCCCAACAGCCUGCAGUUACCUUUGUUAUUAUUGGUCUGAGGGCCAAAUGAUUGGAUCAUAACUAUACUGCCCAGCACAAGGUGGCCAUAUCAGGGAAAGAUCCUCUGGUUUGUCGACCUUGCCAUACAAGUGGAUCUUUAAGUGUAUGGCCAUCUUUAGCUGUGUGAAGGAAGUAAAGUUUAAAAGGAAAAAACACCAAGGAAAUUAUAUGCAGUUCUAUCUAGAAUGCUCUAUACAUAGAAGGGAGCCCACAGGGGGUACAUAGUAAGGGUGUAGGGCAAGAUGGUGGCUCCAACAGUGCAACCCUAAAGCACUUCUGAAGGUUCUACACCCACCCAUAGUUGAAAGCUCUUCUGUGGGCUCCAAACUGAAGCUCAACAUCAGUCGAAGGCCCCCUCGUUUUAUUGGGGUUCCAUUGCUACUAAACAGCCCAGGUGCCAUCAUAGAAAAAGACUCGUUGUUCCCUACUAGGAAACUCCUUCAUACAAUGACGGUUUCCUUCUCGCCUUAUUGCUCUGGGCAGGGCCACCGCUCCCGUGUCCACGUGUAUUUAGGGUAACAAAUUUUUUGUAAAAAAAAAUAAUGAAAUCUGUUUUGUUUUUUUUGUAAUGUGUGUAUUUUUAUUAAAUUAUUUUAUCAUUAAUUAAUAUUGGGGAUGGAAAGCUGUACAAAAUUGGGUGUCAUGCAGUUCCGCAUGUAAAUUCAGACUUCUUUUAAACAUGGAUUUAUAUAUACGAGUAUUUUUUGUGCAUUGAAAGAAAAACGAGGGAAUCGAUAUUGGUAGCAUGGCGUCUUCAGAAUAAAUGCUGUAACGCACUCAGCAAUGGUAACGGAUGGGGGCACGUGGGCAAGUAGCCUUCAUCUGCUGAAGACGCCUCCAGUUUUAGGCAUGUAUAGAAAAAUAAUACAAUCAAGCCAAAAAAAAAUGGCGCCGUUGCUCUUUUCUUUUUUUAUUUGGAGCAAUUCUUCCCCUUUAUUAUGUUGCACUGGGUGUAAAUGCAAUCUCGCUGGCACAAACAAUGUUGCAAAUGGCUCUUUCCGUUUCCAACCUCUGUAAAUGCUUUUUUUUUUUGUUUGUUUGUUUUUUUUUUUGUCCUAUUUUAUUUGUUUAUUUUUACCUUGGUCAUGGAACUUAGGGAAAAAAACAAGUUGUUUCUUUUAAAUUUAUUGUGAUAUUAUUAUAUAUAUUUAGCGCCUUUAUAUGCAAAUAAAAUUGCAAGAUUUUUAAUGA